AUGGGCGACAAGUACCAGGCACCCCCUGGGCCACCACCCAACUACCGAUCACAGUCCACCACGGAGGUACAGAAGGCCCAAGACCAAGAUGGACGUCAAUCAACACAGCCACAGCCGGGUUCUUGGACAGUUGGGGGAGGUUCUAGCUCUCGUCAGCCUGAGAUGAGCUCGAACAAACCAUUCCGAGAACCACGUAUGAGUGCUACGUCAGGUCAGCGUCCAGCAAGUCUGAACGUCCAGGCUGGCCAGACAUGUCAGUCUCCGCCAAGCUCACAUCCGAGCUCACGGCCAAGUUCCCAUCAGGUGUCACCACAAGGCCCUCCUUCUAAUGCCACGAGCGAUGUAGAGAUGAGCGAGGACGAGGAAUUCCAAUAUCAGCCACCUCCAGGCCCUCCCCCAGGUCGUGCUUCCAAGCAACCAGACAUGGAUUAUUCGCCGCCUCCAGGACCACCCCCAGGCCAUGGAUCGACCCAGACAGGGCAUGACGCGCCACCGGAGUACGACCCGUGGGUGGGUGAUGACGGUGGCUUAAGGCCUCCACCGGCUUUCUCUGCUGUGAGACCCGAGAAUCAGAGAAGUCCUGCUGCCAAUGCGGACUUUGACGACGCCGCUAGGGCCCACGCCUGGUGCAGGGACAACACGCUCUGGAAUGCUGUCGAGCAUGAUGGAAGCAUAAUCGAGCGCAUUCAGGUAGGCGAUAUGCGUCUGACAUUUCCGCCAAACACAAUGGACAUUACGAACUAUCAGCCAGGCAUUGGCAGAAGUUAUAUACGUACCACUGCCACCAUCGGCGAUACCAUUCUGCUAUCAGACAUUCCUGCAUACGCCUCACACAGACAGAAUCCCUUGGCGACAGGUCGAUCUCACACCGUCUACUUUGAACUGCAUGUCCAAAGUCUAGGAGACCGGUACAACCCCAACAACAACAUCGAGUCUGGCGUUGCUAUUGGGUUCGUUGCCCCAGCUUAUCCCGCCUGGAGGCUGCCUGGGUGGCAUCGAGGCUCGUUGGGCGUACACAGCGAUGAUGGACGUCGAUACGUCGACAACAGCUACGGUGGCAAUGACUUUGUCGCGCCGUUCAAGAAGGGCGAUGUGGUUGGCAUUGGUAUGACUUUUGCGCCUCCGCGACACGGCGACAGGAACAAUCCGUGCCAAGUGUUUUUCACGCGGAACGGCAAGCAUGAGGGCGCCUGGGAUCUGCAUGAAGAGCGGGAUAGAGACGCUGACGAAGGAGAUGUCGCUGGCUUAGAAGGUGAUCACGACCUGCUUGCGGCGGUGGGUGUUUUUGGAAGCGUGGAGCUGGAAGCCGUGUUUCACAGAGAAGACUGGCUAUACAAGCCUCAAGAAUGA